AUGGAAGUUGAAUCAUCUAAUGAACAAAUGAAAGCGAUUGAAUAUCACGAAUCGGAUCAAAUCGAUGAUAUGGAAGGAGUCGAAUUUCCAUCUAUCGAUAAUAUUUCUGAUAUGGAAAAUGUGUUGAUACAUUUUCAACUUAACGAAGAAGAUGUAUGUUAUACGAAUUUUAUAAAAGCUCAAGAAUUAUAUACAGAAAUGUUCAAUGAUCCAUAUAUAGAACGAUUACAAAAUGGUCAAUAUUGGUCUAUCGAAAUUGAUAAACUUAAUUGUGAUUAUCUUCCAACCAAUUUUAAAACGAGAAUGCAUGAAUUUCGCCAGUGGACGUAUAAUAAAAAAAGAGAGGAGCUGAAUAAAAAAGAAAUUGAACAUUCGCAAACUUAUUCGGGUGAUGGAAAUUCACAGACAAGUAAUGAGAUAAAAAAUAAAGAACAACGCAAAAUAGAAUAUCAAACAGAAGAAUUUCAGAAAGAGAUUGAUGUAGUUAUAUUUCCAGAUAUUGACAGUAUUGAUAAAAUGGAUACUAUAUUAUCAACCGAUUAUGAAUCAUUAAAAGACGAGAAUCAAUGUUUAGAACUAUUUGGAUAUGGCUCAACCGAUAGAAAAAGGAAACGUUCAGAGGAAGAUUCUACAAAAGACGAAAAUUUAAAAGUAAAACAAAGAAAAUUGAACCGAGAUCCUAGAAAAGCAUCGAAAAAGAUACCUAUAUAUAUAGUAAUAAAACAAGGGUACAAAGUCAAUGAUCUUGAUACUGAUAUAGAUAAUAUAAUUGGUGAAUAUAAAAAAACAAUGGAUAGUUCAAAAGAUUAUUCCAAACAAUUUGAA